AUGAUUGGUGACUUUCUUGUUGCAGGAGUGUACAACAAGGGGCGGUGUAUACGACGAGGGACAAGGUCGGGUCAUGCCGGCCAUCCCUAAACAUGGAGCAAGCAAGUCUCGGGCGUCAGUCAGGAGGUGGAGCACGACCCGCCACAAAUCUGGCACAGGCGUCCCUACACUGCGCAACUGCGCAUUACCAACUUCGUGGAGGCGCAUGUGUUUCACUCUCUUCAGAAGAUGACGCAGACCGAGGAGGCGUGUGGUUCGGCACAGGUCCUGCCACUACUGGAGGGAAAACCAAACCAGCGUGUCCUAACACCCUCAACCUGCGGCAGGAAACUGGAAGACGCAAACUGUCUGCGCCUUCCAUGGAGGAAUUGGACCCUGCCUCGCACCAGCUCUGCCCUGGGAACACUCGGCGUUAUCCAGGGAGGGAGGACAGGGCAGACUGCCUUGCUUCAUCUAACCUAACCAAUACAUGUUGCGGCGUCAUCCAGGGAGGGAGGACAGGACAAGACUGCCUUGCUACAUCUAACCUAACCUAACCAAUACAUGUUGCUGCCUCAUCCAGGGAGGGAGGGAGGGAGGGAGGACAGGACAGACUGCCUUGCUUCAUCUAACCUAACCAAUACAUGUUGCCAAUCACUCUUGUAAUGUUAUUUAUUAUUCCUUCCAUCUAAUGUGAAUGUGCCCACAUGUGUAAUGUUGUUAUUCCUUAUGUUCUGUGAUGGACCCACAUGACUGUUGUGUUAGUACUAAUAAUAAAUCAUAAUAAGAAAA